AUGCCGGACCAGCCCAAGCUCGCGUCACUUGAUUCCCUCUUCGCCGCCAAGACCGAGCGCGGCCUCACGUUUGCCGCCAUCGCCGAAGCCCUGGGCCGCAGCGAGGUCGCCGUCGCCGCCAUCUUCUACGGGCAGGCCACCGCGUCCGAAGAGGACGUCGCCAAAUUGGCGCCUCUGCUGGGACUGGACCACGCGACCCUCCUCUCCCAGAUCGGCGGCGUCUUCCCCGACCGCGGCCGCGCAGGCCCGAUGCCGCCCGUCGAGCCGUUGAUCUACCGACUCUACGAGAUUGUGCAAAACUACGGCUACGCGUACAAAGCAGUGAUUAACGAAAAGUUUGGGGACGGCAUCAUGAGUGCGAUUGCGUUCAGCACGACGGUGGACAAGGAGGUGGACGGGGACGGCGUGGCGUGGGUGAACAUUAAGCUGCGCGGCAAGUGGCUGCCUUUUACGCGGUUUUAG